CUUCUCUCUGCAGUAAGCAUGUUCGCCAGGGUAUCUGCGAACCGCUCACGACCCAACGCACGUUACCGGUGAGAAACCCCCCACGGAAGAGUCAAGGAUAAUCGAUUUGGAUGUGGCGCGCACUUGAGAGUUUGAAUACGGUGGUAAGCCCGAGUGACCGGAGCACCGGCAGUGAAGGAGGAAUACAAUAUUCGGGGUGGCGCUCUCUACUUAACGUGGACAAUCAUGCAUAUGCUGUUUUGGGGACUAGGGUUUUUGCUAUUUCUCCCUGACUUUUUGAAUAUAGUGUCAUCCACGGGGAGAUCGCUAUUGAGUUCAAGAAAAGCUGAAAUUUCCGAGCAGCUUGGCGCAUAUGAGAUUGUAACUCCGGAGCGAGUGAAUGAAGCCGGUGACAACUUUCCCACGAGCGUGCACUUCAAAAGGAAAAGGCGUAGUGUGGAGGAUAGCCCAGGCAACUCCUCUGACCAAUGGGCCUUGCCAUCAAUCCAUUACAAAAUAUCUGCGUUUGGACAGAACUAUCACCUCAACCUGACACCCGAGUCAGGAUUUAUCGCUCCGCUAUACACUGUGACAGUACUUGGAGCACCUAUAGUUAACAUAACGGAUUUCACCCCGGAGGAGGAGACGGAAGAGGAUACGGAGUAUCAGCACUGCUUCUAUAAAGGACAUGUGAAUGCUCAAACGGAGAACACCGCAGUCAUCAGUCUCUGCUCUGGAUUGCUUGGCACUUUCAGGUCACCGGAAGGGGAAUAUUUUGUGGAGCCCCUUCACAGUUACAAUGGAGAACUCUAUGAAGAAGAACACACCAAACCUCAUAUUGUGUACAGAAAGAAAGCCUCUGAGAAUGAGGCAGCCGUGGAGGACACUGCUUGUGACACAUCAGGACAUAAACACAGACACAAGAGGAACAGCGACAAGGUGAAGAGACGUCCGCUGUCCAGCAGUAGCAGCAGCAUGCUGGAUGACCUGGACGACCUGGACGACCUGUCUGCAGGCCUGACUGCCGAUCCCUUCUCCAGAACAGAGAGAGAGAGCGGCAGACGGCCGGCUAAUGACAGCAGCGGCGACUCAGGACCUCACAGGAGAUCAAAGCGCUUCCUCUCCUAUCCCCGCUUUGUAGAAGUCAUGGUGGUGGCAGACAGCAAGAUGGUGGAACAUCACGGGAGCAACCUUCAGCACUACAUACUCACAUUAAUGUCUAUCGUGUCUUCCAUCUACAAGGAUCCCAGCAUCGGAAAUCUGAUUAACGUUGUGAUUGUGAAGUUAGUCAUAAUCAACAAUGAGCUGGAUGGCCCAACCAUUUCCUUCAAUGCACAGACCACUUUAAAGAACUUCUGUAUCUGGCAACAGAGGCAAAAUCACCAAGAUGAGAAUCAUCACUCCCACCACGACACAGCCAUUCUCAUCACCAGGCAAGACAUCUGCCGAGCGCGGGACAAGUGUGACACAUUAGGGCUUGCAGAGCUUGGCACUGUGUGUGAUCCAUACAGAAGCUGCAGUAUUAGUGAGGACAAUGGGCUCAGCACUGCGUUCACUAUCGCCCAUGAACUGGGCCAUGUAUUCAACAUGCCCCAUGAUGACAGCAACAAGUGCAAAGAGGAGGGGGUUAAAAUACAGCAGCAUGUGAUGGCGCCCACACUCAACUACUACACUAACCCCUGGAUGUGGUCCAAGUGUAGCAGGAAAUACAUCACAGAGUUCCUUGACACAGGGUAUGGAGAGUGCUUACUUGAUGAGCCCAUUUCUAGGCCAUACAGUCUGUCGCAGCAGCUGCCUGGACGGAUAUACAAUGUCAAUAAACAAUGUGAAUUGAUAUUUGGGCCGGGAACACAGGUGUGCCCAUAUAUGGUCCAGUGCCGCAGACUGUGGUGCACCAGCCCAGAGGGGGCCCAGAGGGGCUGCAGGACCCAACACAUGCCUUGGGCUGACGGGACCGAGUGCUCUCCAGGAAAGCACUGUAAACAUGGCCAGUGCAUUCCCAAGGAGCACGACGCCACCCCCGUGGACGGGGCGUGGGGAAGCUGGUCUCCGUUUGGCUCUUGCUCGCGGACGUGUGGCGGGGGCAUCAAGAUUGCCGUGCGCGAGUGCAACCAACCUGUGCCCAAGAACGGGGGGAAGUACUGUGUGGGGCGCAGGAUGAAGUUCCGCUCGUGUAACUCAGAGCCCUGCUCCAAGCAGAAGAAAGACUUCAGAGAGGAGCAGUGUGCUGCCUUUGAUGGCCGGCACUUCAACAUCAAUGGUCUACCUCCUAACGUGCGCUGGGUACCCAAGUACAGCGGAAUUCAGAUGAAGGAUCGCUGUAAGCUGUUCUGCAGGGUGGCUGGCAGCACGGCCUACUACCAGCUCAGGGACCGGGUCAUCGACGGCACGCCAUGUGGCCCCGACACCAACGACAUCUGUGUGCAGGGCCUGUGCAGGCAAGCGGGAUGUGACCAUGUGUUGAAUUCCAAGGCGAGGAGAGAUAAGUGUGGUGUGUGUGGCGGUGACAACUCCUCGUGCAAGACCGUGGCAGACACCUUCAACAUGGUGCGCUACGGAUACAACGAAGUGGUGAGAAUACCCAGUGGUGCUACAAAUAUUGAUGUUCGUCAACACAGCUACUCAGGGAAACCAGAGGACGAUAACUACCUCGCUGUUUCAAACAGUCGUGGGGACUUCCUGCUCAAUGGCGAGUUUGUAGUCAGCAUGUUUAAAAGGGAAAUCAAAGUGGGCAAUGCCGUCAUCGAGUACAGCGGAUCCGACCACGUCAUCGAGAGAAUCAACUGCACUGACCGCAUCGAGGAGGAGAUCAUUGUCCAGGUGCUUUCUGUAGGUAACUUGUACAACCCAGACGUCAGGUACUCCUAUAACAUCCCCAUCGAGGAUAAACCCCAGCAGUUUGUCUGGGAUGCCUACGGGCCCUGGCAGGACUGCAGCAGGCCCUGCCAAGGAGAGCGUAAGAGGAAGAUCCUGUGUAGUAGAGAGUCGGACCGUGUGGUGGUCUCAGACCAGAGGUGCCAUGGGGCCGCCAGACCAGCCAUGGUCACAGAACCCUGCAACGCAGAGUGUGAAAUCAGGUGGCAUGUGGCGAGGAAGAGCGAGUGCACAGUCCCAUGUGGGGUGGGAUAUCGUACGCUGGAGAUCUACUGCGCCAAACUCAGCCGUGCCGAUGGAAAGACCCAGAAGGUGGACGAGCGUUACUGCAGCAGUCAACGCAAACCUGACGACAAGGAGAGUUGCCAUGGAGACUGUAACCCAGGAGGAUGGGAGUACUCAUCUUGGUCAGAGUGCUCCAAAAGCUGUGGAGGAGGGUCCCGGCGUCGUGCGGCUGUGUGUGGAAAGUCUUCUGAGGCGGGAAGUGAUGAGAGCAAGUGCAGCCAGAGAGACAAGCUGACCACCGUCCAGAACUGCAAUGAGUUCCUAUGUCCUGCGUGGAAGACCGGAGACUGGUCUGAGUGCCUGGUGACGUGUGGGAAAGGGUACAAGCAUCGGCAGACAUGGUGCCAGUUUGCGGAGGACCGACUGGACGACCGCUUCUGUGACUCGAUGUCCAAGCCUGAGUCCGUCCAGACGUGUCAGCAGCAGGAUUGUGCUUCGUGGCAGGUCGGACCAUGGGGACAGUGCACUACCUCGUGUGGACCCGGCUACCAGAUGCGAGCAGUGAAGUGCGUUGUGGGGUCAUACGGAUCCGUCAUGGACGACACUGAAUGUAACGCUGCCACGCGGCCCACUGACACUCAGGACUGCGAACUGACCCAGUGUCCCAUCAGUCACCCGGUACCGCCGGGGACCAAAGUGCCCUCCCACCUCCCACACAAAACCCAGUGGAGGUUCGGCUCCUGGACACAGUGUAGCGCCACUUGCGGCAAAGGGACCCGGAUGCGCUAUGUCAGUUGCCGUGACAACCAGGGUGGGGUUGCGGAGGAUUCUGCCUGCUCCCACCUGGCCAAGCCCCCGGCCAGGGAGGUGUGCUCUGUAGUGGCCUGCGGACAGUGGAAGGUCCUUGAAUGGACAUCUUGUUCUGUAUCCUGCGGGCAGGGGAAGACCACGCGCCAGGUGGUGUGUGUGAACUUCAGUGAUCAGAUAGUGGACGUAGUGGAGUGUGACGCUGAUGACCGUCCGGCCACAGAGCAGGAGUGUGCCAUGUCCCAGUGCCCUGCUGCCCGCUCCAGUGACUCUCGGCCCCUCCCUUCACCCAGCGGGGGCCCCCGCAAUAACCUGCCCACAACUGCUGAUGGGCGCGGUGGAGGGCGAGCCCAGGCCCACCAGUGGAGAACAGGACCCUGGGGAGCGUGCUCGAGCACGUGUGCGGGCGGCUUCCAGAGGCGUGUGGUAGUGUGCCAGGAUGAGAAUGGUUAUGCUGUCAACAACUGUGAGGAGCACUCCAAACCCAUCGAGCAGCGCUCCUGUGAGUCCGGACCCUGUCCACAGUGGGUCUAUGGGAACUGGGGAGAGUGUACCAAGCCGUGUGGGGGAGGAAUAAAGACGCGGCUCGUGGCGUGUCAAAGGCCCAACGGAGAGCGCUUUAACGAUCUGAGCUGUGAGAUUCUUGACAAACCGCCCGACCGUGAGCAGUGCAAUACUCAGUCGUGCCCGUCUAACCCCCACUGGAGCACAGACCCAUGGAGCUCGGUACGCUCGUAAAUAUAUCCCUUUUGUUUUCUUCCCCCCCUCUUUUUUUUAACAGUCCUCUCAUUUCACCACACACAGAGUUUCACCACUAAACUGUGUAGCAUGACAAAGCAAAACAAACAAAGAAUUCAACUUGAGGGAGAAGGAUGGUUCUGUAGACUUACAUGCUGGAAACUCCAUUUUUCACCUCACCUCCACCUCACCUUUACCCUUUCCCUUGGUGCCUGAGACUGGUCAUCCUUCUAGAGACAGAUGGGAAUUGAUUUCUGUUGCACUUAAGAGAACAAAUAAACACACAACACACCAAAAAGUACAUCAUUUGAAAUGCUUCAUUGACAGCUGUGACCAUAAGAACACUUUCUCUGUUAUCAGUCUUAGUCAGUGUUCAAAAUUCAGGAUCAGUUGUUAUUUCAGAAUCAAAGCUAGUUUGUAAGAUAUUGUUUUCAAAUAUAAUUUAUUACUUAAGAGAUUUUCUUCUUGGUUUCCUUUGUAUAUACAGUAGCAUUAACCUCCAACGUUUCUGUCAUACCUCUUUGUAUUCGCACACAGUCAAUCGUUGUUCAUAUGCAAAUAUUGAUGAAUGUUUCUGUAUAUCAGGAAUUUAAGAUGCCUUGUUUUUUUUUUGUAAACACCCAAAUAAUGGAGAUAAGGUAUACUCAAGUGUUGGUGCUGUUCAUAGUUUUUACACGUGGCAAAGAAAAUAACCUGAAAAGAGUCCAAGUGAAUACACCAACCCUAUUGGGACUAUAUCAUUUUUUUGUACUCUAGAGAUUUACAGGGCAUUCGGAAAGUAUUCAGACCCUUCGACUUUUUCCACAUUUUGUUACGUUACAGCCUUAUUCUAUAAUAGUUUUUUUUUCAUCCUCAGCAAUCUCGAAAUUGAGCUCAGUUGCAUCCUGUUUUCAUUGAUCGUCCUUAACAUGUUUAUACAACUUGAUUGCAGACCACCUCUGGUAAAUUCAAUUGAUUGGGCAUGACUUGGAACUGUCUAUAUAAAGUCUCACUGUUGAAAGUGCAUGUCAGAGCAAAAACCAAGCCAUGAGGUCGAUGGAAUUGUCCGUAGAGCUCCGUGACAGGAUUGUGUCGAGGCACAGAUCUGGGGAAGGGUAGCAAAACAUUUCUGCAGCAUUGAAGGUCCCCAAGAACACAGUGGCCUUCAUCAUUCUUAAACUGAAGAAGUUUGGAACCACCAAAGACUCUUCCUAGAGCUGGCCGCUCGGCCAAACUGAUCAAUCGGGACGAGAAGGGCAUUGGUCAGGGAGGUGACCAAGAACCCGAUGGUCACUCUGACAGCGCUCUAGAGUUAUUUUGUGGAGAUGGGAGAGCCUUCCAGAAGGACAACCAUCUCUGCAGCACUCCACCAAUCAGGCACUUUAUGAUAGAAUGGCCAGAUGGAAGCCACUCCUCAGGAAAAGGCACAUGACAGAUUGACCAAGAUUGAACUCUUUAGUCUGAAUGUCUAGCGUCACGUCUGGAGGACCAUCCCUACAGUGAAACAUGGUGGUGGCAGCAUCAUGUGUGGGGAUGUUUUUCAGUGGCAGGGACUGGGAGACUAGUCAGGAUCAAGGGAAAGAUGAACGGAGCAAAGAACAGAUAGAUCCUUAAUGAAAACCUGCUCCAGAGUGCUUAGGACCUCAGACUAGUGGUGAAGGUUCACCUUUUUAUAAAUUAGCAAACAUUUCUAAAAACCUGUUUUUGCUUUGUCAUUAUGGGGUAUUGUGUGUCAAUUUGAUGAGGGAAAUUUUUUUUUUUUAAUAAUAAAUAAUAAAAAAGCUGUAACCUAACAAAUAUGGAAAAAGUUUAGGGGACUGAAUACUUUCCGAAUGGCACUAUAUAUAUCAUUCUGAUGCUACAGCUUUAUUGACCAUCAUAACUGUAAGACCACCAUCAGACCACCACUGUUUCAGUAAACAGCUGAGGGAUGGGGCUGGAGAAAUGUAAUCACUGUCAAAGUCAUGGACAGAUCUAUGGAUGCAUGGACCGACCAUCCAUGUUUUAACCAUGUUUUAAUACAGUGUUUUGUUUACAAUUACAUUGUACACCAACAAAGGGCUGAAACAAGCUUACAUAUUUAAAAGUCAAAAAACAGAUGUAGCAAUGGCAGAUUGCUCCUUAUUAAUUAGCUUAUGUUACUAAUUAUCUUGUGUUUCUGCCUUAUUUUCCAGUCCACUGUUAUUUACUCAGAAAUGACCUCGUAAAAUGGUAGUUACAUGGUAAUGAACUAAUAAUGACUUUUUAGUCAUGUAUGGGCCGGCUAGUUACCAAUUAUGCUAAAUUCUUAAAGAAAGAAUAGGGUUUCUCAGUAAAGCACAGGUUAACACCAGCUGAAAGUGGACUGUAGAAUAAGGUGAUAGCCAUGUUAUUUGAUAUAUUAUGUGAUUCUUCAAGGUAAUAGUCAUUUUACCACAGCUUGAAGUCCUGCCCCAGAUUCCCUCCUUUUUAUUAGCGCAGACAUAAGCACCCAGCCAAACCAGUAGGUCCAAGGCCCACCGCUCAAAAGGUGCUUGAUAUGAGUGUGUUUAUGUCUUGUUAGAUAUGUCUAUAUAUUCGCUUUGUAAAUAGAUUAUUUUGGUGUGUUCACCAGUGCUCAAUACACAUGUGAAAAUAUGCUAUGCUCAACCAUACCUCACUUAGAACAAACACAACUCAACUAGCCAUUAACUUAUGAUACUUACAAUGGUGCUUUUGCAAAACAAGGGAGAAAUGAGAUGUAAACGUAAAAAAAUAACAAAAAUAACUUAAGGUCACAAACUGUCUAUUGUGACAUAGAGAUAUGUAUGUUAAACACCUGUUGUUUUGAGUCGUUUUUCAUAAUCAAUUUUGUUUUCAUGAUGAGUUGAUUAUUGAUUAUGUAAAAAAAAGAAAAGUAGUUAUGUUAGAUGAAAAUGUGUUAUAGUUUUUUUUUUAACGGUAAAGAUAACUUUUGAAGUGUGUUCCAUUUAUUCACCAACAAAGCGGUUUUUGUUGUAGCUGAAAGAGAAUGCCCCUUGUCCUAGCAUUGUGAACACACAGUCAGUACCUGCGACCACAGGGAGAGUUUAUAGUGUUCUAUAUACCUGGAGCUUAUCCUCUGAGCCAGUCGUAUGUGUCUACCUCAUUCUCUAUUAAACCCCACCCGCCUUUAUCUUCUGCUGGAGGGCUGCAUUCUCAUUCUAAUUCAUCAGGAUGUUGGCCCUAAGCACAGAUCCAGGGUCUGUGUUUUGUUCUACCUCUUAAUAGUUGAGUGGGAUCGGGGUAGUGAAAGCUGAUCUUGGACUUGUGGUUAGGCGCAACCUCUGCCUGGAGCCCACCCAGUCAUUCCUAAGGCUAACUGUAACCUCCUUGGUAAUUAAUGUGUGUGCAUAAGUUGCAGACAUCACACCUUAUUUUAAGGGCCUGUUAACACAGCUCUCAAGCAGGAAGUGAGUGUAUUUCUCACCACACCUUGUUCACGAAAUAAAUACUAUAUCAUUUCUAACAAUCUCCAUAUGAGUAUUGACAAGGUAGCAUACCCGUUUGGGUUGAUUAUGACAAAUCCAAUAAGAGUGUGUAACUUUUUACCCUACUUGAAACAACUCCACACGCAUUAAGUCUCAUUGCAAUGUGGAAUUGUCGAUCAUUUGAUGUGUAGAAUAAAACACAGUUGUAUUAUUUCAUCUAGAGCCACAAAUUACAGCUUGGCUCCUUGUUGGAGUUUAGGGUGCAUAUUUUAGCAGUACGGCAUGAUGCAUUUACAAUGUGUUUGAUGACAUGAACAGGCUCUUGAAAUAAAAUACUCCAUGCCUCUCAUUCCAUAUGGCAGUAUUAGUCUGGGUUUCAAGGACAUUUGUGCAUAUUUAUGUAAUUAUCUGUAUUUAUUUCUACUUCAUUAUAAUGUCAUGUCAAUAUUUAAUUUUAUUUGAACUUGCUGAAUUUGUUCGCUCACAGAAAGGUAACUAUUAAAGUGAAGUAGAGAUACUAUUAAAAAACAAUGUUUCUCUCAUUUAUAGUAUUCAUCGUAAAAGAUUAUGUUCACGAACAAGUGCUUAUUCUCAAACUAAGUUCCAAAACAUCCAUUUAUACUUGUUUCCUUUCCAGUCUAGCUAGUUGAUUUAGCGUGCAGAAAUGUGUUUUAUUGUAUGGAUAUCGGAAGUGAAAAAUGGAGGUGAUAUGAGAGAAGAGAGACAAGACAUCUGCACUCCUGACCUCAUCUUAGUUACAGUAGGACCAGAGCUUAAGGUGAAAACUGAUUACCUCUGGAACACUUUGUUAGAAAUAGUUUGAUUAAAUGAGAUAAUUGCCAUGAAGAACCACUAACAGUGAAGUGAACACAUUCACUUAUACUACCACAGGCAACCUUGUAGUCCUGUUAAAAAUCUCAUCAACAUGUCUGUGCUUUAAUUAAGAAGAUUACCGGAUUUGGCUUUACACUAAUUACAGUAGGAACGUGGAAGUGGUCCAUAUAGUUAACUUAAAUCAACUAUGGAUUAGAUAGGAAAUUCUCUGCAAGUUAUCUCUGCAGAGAGCAUUACUCGAGCUCUCUGACUGGUGUUUUGAAAGGGGCGUUUUCAGUGAAUGAAAAUGUACAAAUCACUGAGCAAUAUCUCUGUUGUCUUAUGAGGUCAGGGACCCAUUGAUCUCUUUGAGCAAUUAUGAUAUUUCUGUCUCUGCCAGAGUUCAAUGCCUUUCGUACCAAGGUAAAUCUUGAUUCUCUGUAACACUGGCUAGGACUCCCAUUUACUGUGCUCAUUCCUAAUGGCUGACAUGUUUUUUUGUGCGCCUGACGACACGUUCUCUUCCACUAUGUCGCCCCCUCAUCCGCCUCUCGCCAGUCCCCCACUUUCCCCUUUUCACUGGCGGGUUGAUGACAUUGUUCCGAUGGCGGGGGGCCAAUGACAGUGACUCAAAUGAGAGCCCGUCAGAAAGACAAUACAGGAGUGCAUUGGGGGUCAAGGGUCACGUUUGAUCUGGGAGGGGCCCCUUCCCUGUACAUCUAAUCAGCAUGGAUGGGCUUCUGGGAAAGGGCUGUGAUCCCAGGGGAAAAAGCCUGGAAAGCCCUGUUGUCUGUGGGGGCCCGAAAGGCCCUGUCGCCUGGGUUCUUUAGAAUUCCAGGACGGAACGCAGGCAUCGGAAUGUGGUGUAUUUUAGGCACAAGUAGUGGUCUGUCAGAGGCACUGUUUUAUUUGAUACGGUAAUAAAAGCAUCUGAUUGAACGAUAAAAUAAAAUUGUGUCUGAAUGCGUGAUAGUUGAAAAUAGUGUGAUAGUUGGAAAUAGUGUGAUAGUUGGAAAUAGUGUUGUAGAUAAAAGGUAGUUGUGUGAUGAUUACAGUUUACAUUGACAUGAAAGUAUAAAUUCCACUCGGAGUAUGCUAAAAUAUGGAGUCUAGUUUAUUAAAUGGUUGGCACGUGGUUGGUUGUAGGGUAAAUUCCAGCAUGGAACACGCACACUAGCUAAGUACAUGAAAGGAAGGUGUCUAGUGGAUACCCACAGAAGUUGUGGAUAUAGAGAACUGGUUGGUGAUUUACUUCCCCAGUGUUGUAAUGAUUCCCAAGGUAAUAGAAAGUUAUUGGUGCAGAGCACUAUGGCUGGAAAGCUAAUUUAAAGAGUAUAUAAAACGUUGAGGAAUGGUCUGACAUUUAAAAAGCAGCAGUCUGGCUCCCUGCCCCUCAUUGUUAAUGCAUUUGAUUAAAUGAUUUAAACCUUUGUAAAAUGCUAUUUCUCCUAAAUGGCCCUCCAGGACCAUGAUCAUAGCCUGUGUGUGUACUCUUCGUGUCUACCUCACUCCAAAUUCCAAACACCACUGUAACCUCUGCUCAUAGGCCAGUGGGUGAAUCAAUAGUAUCACAUGUGUUAUGGUAACUAAAACACCAUAGAUGGACAAUAACUGCACCUUAAAAGUAGAAUUGUGCUGCACGCUCUGAGGCUGUGUUUACUUACACAGGCACCCCAAUUCUGAUCUUUGUUCCAUUAAUUGGUCUUCUGGCCAAUCAGAUCAGCUGUUUUACCAAUAAUUGGGCAAAAUAUUAGAAUUGCGCUGCCGGUGUAAACGCAGUCUCAAGUUCUCAUGCAGACUGAUAUCUGGCCUCAAGUGGUUAUUUUAAAGGAGGGCUAAAUGCAACUGUUGACAGACUCUUACACUGCUGGGCCCCAAUAACAGCCUCUCCCAGAGGUGUGCAUGUGGGGAACAUCUGGGCGACUAAGUCAGAUUGCCUAAAUGUAAAGAAACAACACAUACAGUACAGUACUCACAUUUAAAUGUUCUCCCUUAUGUGUAUUGACAUUCAUUAGAGCAAAAAAAUACAGCAAGUAAUCACACAUUGUUGGUGUUUUGGCUUCAUUUUCCAUUUGUUAAUGGAACAAACUAACAUUCGAUGGAAGGUUUCAUUUUCAAUCAAGUUUAUUAUAUGAAAUUGGUGUCUGUGGUUAAACAUGUAAAACCGUAUCAUCCCUUAAAUUAAAUGACUUUAGUAACAUUA